CACAUACUGGCUUUAAUUGAACCAAUAUUCCAUCGGUUUACGUAUUUUCAUUUGCAUGUGUUCUUGAGUUUGUGCGCUUGACGAGAUACUUCUACUAGUAUGAGGAAAAUGUCACAUGUAUUUUACUGAAUCGUACACACCCAUAUAGGUGACCCCUGAGUUUUGAUAAUUAAGAUAUUUGGAGGAUCUUGGAAUUGAAAGUAGCCGAGUGAUGAAAUUUGUAGUUAUUCUAGGACUUUUCAUUUCUUUUACGCUCGCAGUCAGGGUGGAUAUACCAGAUCCAGACCUAUGUCUCAGCCAGUUUGGAUAUAUAGCUGGGAGUGAGCUCGGAGAAGAUUGCUGUACCUUCAUUUUCUGUGACGACCCCGAGUUGAAUAAAACAGGACUUGUGGGAAAAUGUUACGAUGGUACUGCCUGGAAUCAAGACUUGUUGACAUGUGAUCUCGCUAAAUAUGUUCCCGAUUGUGACGUGGGGUCAUGUGAUGUUCCAAAUAUUCAAGAGUUGGAGUGUGAAAGCCCUCAGCCCACCGAUACCACGUGCUGUGUAGGACAAAAUUUAGAGGAAGGUAUAUUCGGAGUGAAACCAAUGUAUAGCAAAGGAGAUGGUCCCGCACAAUAUAUUCAAGAUGGAAUGAGAGAAUUUCAGGAGUGCCCUUUGGACGAAGUGUUUGAUCUCGAAGCGUGUGCUUGUGUCCAAGUUUUUGAAGAGAUUCCUCCAUGUGACAACCACGAUCAUUUUCUCUUUGCGGAUGAAUUUGAUCCUUGCUGUUCAUUCGUACAGUGUUUCCAAAACAGGACUGGCUUCACAUCCGGAAGAUGUAUUGCUCCAUCAACUUGGAAUGACGAGGAGAAGACAUGCGACUCGAGUGGUGCAAUCAUGGAGUGCAUGGGCGUGUUCUGCGAGGACGCCAAUACAGACCCACCUUGCAACCCAUUUCCCUUUGUCGAAGGGGCUGAGUGCUGCAGAGCUGGAAAUUGGUAUGAAACUCUCGAAUACGAGGAGGACCCCGAACAUCCAAUUCAAUACGUCAUAGUGGAGGGACCAGCUAACACUACAAGAUCUGAGUGUUGUCCCAUGGAUAUGGAUGGCUUUCAGAUGUGGUUCAAUAGCGACCCAGAUGUCUGCUGUUGCGAGUCUCUCGUCGUCUAGGGGAUGGAUGUUUCGUUCAGUACAUUAUGCUUGCUAGAACAUAUCAAAUACAAUUAUUAUCAAUUGACUCUUGUAGAAAAAAUCUACUGGUUAUUUUAAUGGCUAAUUUUGUUGUGUGAGGUCUGAGCGAGAUUUCAUUUUUCAGAAGACUCGAAAGAAUGGGCUUAUUUUUGAAAAUAUCUGAUACUUGAUCACCCUAUUUAUACAAUUGUUAUCAAUAAAGUAUAAUGGUGGUUAUAAUGUUAAAGUGUGUACAACAAAAAACUAUUUAUAA